AUGGAGUGGUUGGGGAGGAAAGAUGUUGAGCCUAUGAUGGGAUACGAUGGUGAUGGCAGGGGGAGAUCGGGCUAUGGGGUUGGGUUGUGGAGACGAUGUGGCUAUGGUAAGGCUAGGUGGAGUGUUAAAGAGAGAGAGAGAGAGGAUGGUAGAGGAAGGAUAGGAAUAGAGAUAGGGGAAGAAGAGAAAGAGGAAGACAUGCCUAGUCGACGCUGGCUGUUGGCUGGCAUUCCAUUUGUUGUUGGCGAUGACGGUUGA